CCCCCAGCAGUUCCUCAGAGGUGGCCUCUUCCUGGCUCCAGUCGGAAGACACAGACUGUCUGGAGGAGUCCCCAAAGACUGUUCCAACUGGUGAUGUGUGUCUAAGGAAGGCUUUUUCAACUAGUAGGAUGCUUGCCGGCACUUGCGGCCACCCAACUGCUCAAGAGCUCCGAGUCUAGUGCUCCGCCUUCCCCGGGGACCACUUCCGAGUGUGGGUGCACACCUAUGCCUGCGUAUGUGCAGGUGGGCGCUGCUGGGGGGCUUGGCCUGGGACCUUGGCACGUUCUGGUGAAUUAUGGGUGCUGCAGAGGCUGGAGCAAGAUUAUGACCUAGCUCGGGGGCGGAGUGGAUUAUUUCGUGAGUGCUCUGGUUGUCAACCAUUGCCCUGGUGGGCAAAAUCACAUCUCCAUCUAGCUCUAAAAUCACCUGGCUUGCUGGGGAGUGGAAACCGAGCUGCGGUAACUGCUUCUGCUGAUUUUCUCUGCAAAAUGGCUCACGCUGCUGCUUCUAUUAAAAAAGUUCGAGAGGCCGAACUGGAUGAAAAAGAAAAAAACCUUGAGAGAGAGAGAAAAAAACAACGGAAAAUCCCCAGGGAACGUAUGGAACGGAAAAGAAAGUCUGACAGCAAUGCGAGCUUCCUCCGUGCUGCCAGAGCAGGCAACCUGGACAAAGUAGUGGAAUAUCUCAAGGGGGGCAUAGACAUCAAUACCUGCAAUCAGAAUGGACUCAAUGCUCUCCACCUGGCUGCCAAGGAGGGUCAUGUGGGCCUGGUUCAGGAGCUGCUGGGAAGAGGAUCCUCUGUGGAUUCUGCCACCAAGAAGGGAAACACGGCCCUUCACAUUGCGUCUUUGGCCGGACAAGCAGAAGUUGUCAAAGUCCUUGUCAAGGAAGGAGCCAAUAUUAAUGCCCAGUCUCAGAAUGGCUUCACUCCUUUAUACAUGGCUGCCCAGGAGAACCACAUUGAUGUUGUAAAAUAUCUGCUUGAAAAUGGAGCUAAUCAGAGCACUGCUACUGAGGAUGGCUUCACGCCACUCGCGGUGGCGCUCCAGCAAGGACACAACCAGGCAGUGGCCAUCCUCUUAGAGAAUGAUACCAAAGGGAAAGUGAGGCUGCCAGCUCUGCAUAUUGCAGCCAGGAAAGAUGACACCAAAUCCGCUGCCCUCCUGCUUCAGAACGAUCACAACGCUGACGUACAAUCCAAGAUGAUGGUGAAUAGGACAACUGAGAGUGGUUUUACCCCUUUGCACAUUGCCGCCCACUAUGGAAAUGUCAACGUGGCAACUCUUCUUCUAAAUCGGGGAGCUGCUGUGGACUUUACAGCUAGGAAUGGAAUCACUCCUCUGCAUGUGGCUUCCAAAAGGGGAAACACAAACAUGGUGAAGCUCUUACUGGAUCGUGGUGGUCAGAUCGAUGCCAAAACUAGGGAUGGUUUGACACCCCUUCACUGUGCUGCAAGGAGUGGGCAUGACCAAGUGGUAGAGCUUCUGCUGGAACGGGGUGCUCCCUUGCUGGCAAGGACUAAGAAUGGGCUGUCUCCACUUCACAUGGCUGCACAGGGGGACCACGUGGAAUGUGUGAAGCACCUGUUACAGCACAAGGCGCCUGUUGACGAUGUCACCCUAGACUACCUGACAGCCCUCCAUGUUGCUGCACACUGUGGCCACUACCGUGUGACCAAACUCCUUCUGGACAAGAGAGCCAAUCCAAACGCCAGAGCCCUGAAUGGUUUUACUCCACUGCACAUUGCCUGCAAGAAAAACCGCAUCAAAGUCAUGGAACUGCUGGUGAAAUAUGGGGCUUCAAUCCAAGCUAUAACAGAGUCUGGCCUCACACCAAUACAUGUGGCUGCCUUCAUGGGCCACUUGAACAUUGUCCUCCUUCUGCUGCAGAACGGAGCCUCUCCAGAUGUCACUAACAUUCGUGGGGAGACUGCAUUGCACAUGGCAGCCCGGGCAGGGCAGGUUGAAGUGGUCCGAUGCCUACUGAGAAAUGGUGCCCUUGUUGAUGCCAGAGCCAGGGAGGAACAGACACCUUUGCACAUUGCCUCUCGCCUGGGUAAGACAGAAAUUGUCCAGCUGCUUCUACAACAUAUGGCUCAUCCAGAUGCAGCCACGACAAAUGGGUACACGCCCUUGCACAUCUCUGCCAGGGAAGGACAGGUAGAUGUGGCAUCGGUCCUCCUGGAAGCAGGAGCAGCCCACUCCUUAGCUACCAAGAAGGGUUUUACUCCCCUGCAUGUAGCAGCGAAGUAUGGAAGCCUGGAUGUGGCAAAACUUCUCUUGCAACGCCGAGCUGCCGCAGAUUCUGCAGGGAAGAAUGGCCUUACCCCGCUCCAUGUUGCUGCUCAUUAUGACAACCAGAAGGUGGCACUGCUGUUACUGGAGAAGGGUGCUUCCCCUCAUGCCACAGCCAAGAAUGGCUAUACUCCUUUACAUAUUGCUGCCAAGAAGAAUCAAAUGCAGAUAGCUUCCACACUCCUGAACUAUGGAGCAGAGACUAACAUUGUAACAAAGCAAGGAGUAACCCCACUCCACCUGGCCUCACAGGAGGGGCACACGGAUAUGGUCACGUUACUUUUGGAUAAGGGAGCCAAUAUCCACAUGUCAACCAAGAGUGGACUCACGUCUUUACACCUUGCAGCCCAGGAAGACAAAGUGAAUGUUGCUGAAAUUCUUACUAAGCAUGGGGCUGACCAGGAUGCUCACACUAAGCUUGGUUACACUCCUUUAAUUGUGGCCUGUCACUAUGGAAAUGUGAAAAUGGUCAACUUUCUUCUGAAGCAGGGUGCAAAUGUCAAUGCAAAAACGAAGAACGGCUACACGCCUCUGCACCAGGCCGCCCAGCAGGGCCACACGCACAUCAUCAACGUCCUGCUGCAGCACGGGGCCAAGCCCAACGCCACCACCGCGAAUGGCAACACCGCCUUGGCGAUUGCUAAGCGUCUGGGCUACAUCUCCGUGGUCGACACCCUGAAGGUUGUAACAGAGGAGGUCACCACCACCACCACGACCAUCACUGAAAAACACAAGCUAAAUGUUCCUGAGACAAUGACUGAGGUUCUUGAUGUUUCUGAUGAAGAAGGUGACGACACAAUGACAGGCGAUGGGGGAGAAUACCUUCGGCCCGAGGAUCUGAAAGAACUAGGUGACGACUCGCUACCCAGCAGUCAGUUCCUGGAUGGCAUGAAUUACCUGCGGUACAGCUUGGAGGGAGCCCGCUCUGACAGUACCAUGCCCAGCCUCCGAUCCUUCAGUUCCGACAGGUCUCACACCCUGAGCCAUGCCUCUUACCUGAGGGACAGUGCCAUGAUUGACGACACAGUUGUCAUCCCCAGUCACCAGGUGUCAACUCUAGCCAAGGAGGCAGAAAGGAAUUCUUACCGUCUCAGCUGGGGCACUGAGAACUUAGACAACGUGGCUCUUUCUUCCAGCCCUAUUCAUUCAGGCCGCUCCUCUCCAUGUCUUGAUCGUGACAACAGCAGUUUCCUGGUUAGUUUUAUGGUGGAUGCCCGAGGUGGUGCUAUGCGAGGAUGCAGACACAAUGGGCUCCGUAUCAUUAUUCCACCUCGGAAAUGUACUGCCCCAACUCGAGUCACCUGCCGUCUGGUCAAACGCCAUAGACUGGCAACAAUGCCGCCAAUGGUGGAAGGAGAAGGCCUGGCCAGUCGCCUGAUCGAAGUUGGACCUUCUGGUGCUCAGUUCCUUGGUAAACUUCACCUGCCAACGGCUCCUCCCCCACUUAAUGAGGGAGAAAGUUUGGUCAGCCGCAUCCUUCAGCUGGGGCCUCCUGGAACCAAAUUCCUUGGGCCUGUGAUCGUGGAGAUCCCCCAUUUUGCUGCCCUACGAGGAAAGGAGCGGGAACUGGUGGUCCUGCGCAGUGAGAACGGGGACAGCUGGAAAGAGCAUUACUGUGAAUACACUGAAGACGAGUUGAAUGAAAUCCUUAAUGGCAUGGAUGAAGUGCUGGAUAGCCCAGAAGACCUAGAAAAGAAGCGAAUCUGCCGCAUCAUCACCCGUGACUUCCCACAGUACUUUGCGGUGGUAUCGCGCAUCAAACAGGACAGCAACCUGAUUGGCCCGGAGGGAGGCGUGCUGAGCAGCACCGUGGUGCCGCAGGUGCAGGCCGUCUUCCCAGAGGGGGCGCUGACCAAGAGGAUCCGUGUGGGCUUACAGGCUCAACCUAUGCACAGUGAGCUGGUUAAGAAGAUUCUAGGCAACAAAGCUACCUUCAGCCCUAUAGUCACUUUGGAACCUAGAAGAAGAAAAUUUCACAAGCCAAUUACCAUGACCAUUCCUGUCCCCAAAGCUUCAAGUGAUGUCAUGUUGAAUGGUUUUGGGGGAGAUGCACCAACCUUAAGAUUACUAUGCAGCAUAACAGGUGGAACCACUCCUGCACAAUGGGAAGAUAUUACAGGAACUACGCCCUUAACAUUUGUCAAUGAAUGUGUUUCCUUUACAACCAAUGUGUCUGCCAGGUUCUGGCUGAUAGAUUGUCGACAAAUCCAGGAAUCUGUUACCUUUGCAUCACAAGUGUAUAGGGAAAUUAUCUGUGUACCGUAUAUGGCCAAAUUUGUCGUGUUUGCCAAAUCACAUGACCCCAUUGAAGCCAGGUUGAGAUGUUUCUGCAUGACUGAUGAUAAAGUGGAUAAGACCCUAGAACAACAAGAAAACUUUGCUGAGGUGGCCAGAAGCAGGGAUGUAGAGGUACUAGAAGGAAAACCCAUCUAUGUUGAUUGUUUUGGCAACCUGGUGCCAUUAACCAAGAGUGGCCAACAUCAUAUCUUCAGUUUUUUUGCCUUCAAAGAAAACCGACUUCCUCUCUUUGUCAAGGUACGCGACACGACUCAGGAACCUUGCGGGCGACUAUCAUUUAUGAAAGAGCCAAAAUCCACAAGAGGCCUGGUGCAUCAAGCUAUUUGCAACUUAAACAUCACCCUGCCAAUUUAUACAAAGGAAUCAGAGUCAGAUCAAGAACAGGAAGAAGAGAUCGAUAUGACAUCAGAAAAAAAUGAUGAGACAGAAUCUACAGAAACAUCUGUCCUGAAAAGUCACCUGGUUAAUGAAGUUCCUGUCCUAGCCAGUCCGGACUUGCUCUCUGAAGUUUCUGAGAUGAAACAAGAUUUGAUCAAAAUGACCGCCAUCUUGACCACAGAUGUAUCUGAUAGGGCAGGUUCUAUCAAAGUGAAGGAGCUGGUGAAGGCUGCUGAGGAAGAGCCAGGAGAGCCUUUUGAAAUUGUUGAAAGAGUUAAAGAGGACUUAGAGAAAGUGAAUGAAAUCCUGAGAAGUGGAACCUGCGCGAGAGAUGAAGGCAGUGUGCCGAGGUCUCAGUCGGAGAGAGAAUUAGAGGAAGAGGAGUGGGUGAUUGUCAGUGAUGAGGAAAUAGAGGAGGCUAAGCAAAAAGCACCUUUAGAAAUCACCGAAUACCCAUGCGUAGAAGUUAGAAUAGAUAAAGAGCGCAACAUCAAAGUAGAGAAAGACUCAACGGGGCUAGUGAACUACCUUAUUGAGGAUCUAAAUUCCUAUGUGUCUCCUCAUGAAAAGCCACCGCAGACAGUUCAAGGGAUAGCAGGGGAGAAACGUGACGCUCUGGCUACUGGCAGGAGCUCUGAAAAUGAAGGGAAAGAUGCACCCCCACAGGAGACGCAGAGUGCCCAGAAACAGCACAAACCAAGCCUGGGAAUAAAGAAGCCAGUAAGAAGGAAAUUAAAAGAAAAACAAAAACAAAAAGAGGAAAGUGUACAAGGUAGUGCAGAAAAAAGUGAACUUAAAAAAUGUAGUUCAGAAGAGUCAUUAGAUGAUGAUGCAGGUUUAGCCCCUGAACCCCUCCCCACUGUUAAGGCCACUUCACCUUUGAUAGAAGAGACUCCCAUUGGUUCCAUAAAGGACAAAGUAAAGGCCCUUCAGAAACGAGUGGAAGAUGAACAAAAAGGUCGAAGCAAGUUGCCUGUCAGAGUCAAAGGCAAAGAGGAUGUGCCAAAAAAGAUAACCCACAGGACACAUCCAGCCGCAUCACCCUCUCUGAAGUCAGAGAGGCACACACCAGCAUCACCCUCCUCUAAAACAGAGAGACACUCUUCUCUUUCCUCCUCUACAAAAACUGAGAAGCACCCUCCGGUAUCACCAUCAGGUAAAGCUGAGAAACACUCACCUGUGUCACCCUCUGCAAAAACUGAAAGGCACUCCCCUGUGUCAUCAAAUAAAACCGAGAAGCACUUGCCUGUGUCACCCUCGACAAAAACUGAAAGGCACUCCCCUGUGUCAUCUACAAAAACAGAAAGACACCCACCUGUUUCACCUUCAGGUAAGAUGGACAAACGCCCACCUGUUUCGCCCUCUGGAAGAAUGGAGAAACAUGCACCAGUAUCACCUGGGAGAACCGAAAAACGCUUGCCUGUGUCACCAGCUGGACGAACGGAAAAGCAUCCACCUGUAUCAGCCUCCGGGAAAACUGAGAAACACUUGCCCGUGUCGCCUUCUGGGAAAACAGAAAAGCACCCACCUGUCUCCCCCACCUCAAAAACAGAACGAAUCGAGGAGACAAUGUCUGUUCGGGAGUUGAUGAAAGCUUUCCAGUCAGGUCAGGACCCCUCUAAACACAAGACUGGACUGUUUGAGCACAAAUCAGCAAAGCAAAAGCAGCCACAAGAGAAAGGCAAAGCUCGGGUAGAAAAAGAAAAGGGGCAGAUGCUAAACCACAGAGAAACACAGAAAACAGAGAGUCAGACGAUCAAACGAGGCCAGAGAUUUGUGGUAACAGGAGUUUCCGAAUCCAAGAGAGCAGUCCGUGCUUCCUCCGUAGGGUUUAAGAGAGAAGAUCUAGUUGUAGAGAAGGAGAAAGUCCUUAGCCACAAAACACCUGAACCUGUUCAGUCAGCACCAGAAGAAGAAAGCCAUAAAGAGAGUAACGUUCCCAAAGAAAAGCUGACUGAUGAACACGGAGACAUGGACCUCCAGAUCAGCCCAGAUAGGAAAACUUCCACGGACUUUUCUGACGUCAUUAAGCAAGAAUUGGAAGACAAUGACAAAUACCAACAAUUCCGAAGGACUGAGGAGACAGAAGCAGCACAGCUUCACUUAGAUCAGGUACUCACUAGUCCUUUCAACACGACAUUUCCACUAGAUUACAUGAAAGAUGAAUUUCUUCCAGCUCUGUCUUUACAAAGUGGUGCUUUGGAUGGCAGUUCUGAGAGCCUCAAGCCUGAAGGGGUGGCAGGUUCUCCAUGUGGCAGCCUGAUGGAAGGGACCCCUCAGAUUAGUUCAGAAGAAAGCUAUAAGCACGAGGGCCUCGCAGAGACUCCUGAGACAAGCCCAGAAAGCCUUUCUUUCUCACCAAAGAAAAGUGAGGAGCAAAUUGGGGAAAGAAGCGAAACAACCAAGUCAGAAACACCAACUGCAGCUCAUUCGGAAAAAGACCAUCCCUCAAUCAAAGACGUCACUGAUGGUUCUGAAGAACAAGGUGCCGUGGUCACUGAAGGCACAGAGCCCUCAGCUGAGUGUUCACUGAAGGAGGCCACCCCAGACCCUUCCAAAGACACAUGUCCCAGACAAGAAGAUGAUUCCCUUGGCAGCUGUAGUGUGUUACUAGCAAAAGAAACACCCAAAGGAGUGACUGAGGAAGCAUCCUCUGAUGAGGGUCAACUUACGAAUGUUGGUUCUGCCCAGAAGAUGCACACUGAUUCUGAAGCUCAGAAAUCCACAACCACUGAGCCCUCAGAUGAGACAAAGGCCUCUCCACUGCCUGAUGCUUUUGUAAACACAGGCACAGGAACAGAAUCAAAGCCCCAGGGAGUUGCCAGAAGUCCCCAAGGGUUAGAACUUGCACUCCCCAGCCGAGACAGUGAGGUCCUCAGCCCUGGUGCCGAUGAAUCAUUUGCAGUGAGCCAUAGAGACUCCUUGGAAGCCAGCCCUGUGCUGGAGGAUAACUCCUCACACAAAACUCCGGAUUCUCUGGAGCCGAGUCCUCUGAAAGAAUCCCCUUGCCGCGACUCUUUGGAAAGCAGCCCGGUAGAACCAAAGACGAAGGCUGGAGUUCUCCCAAGUCACUUCCCUCUUCCUGCAGCCGUAGCCAAAACAGAACUCUUUACGGAGGUGGCCUCUGUGCGGUCCCGGCUGCUCCGAGACCCAGACGGCAGUGCCGAGGAUGACAGUCUUGAGCAGACGUCACUGGUAGAGAGCUCUGGGAAGAGCCCCCUCUCUCCAGACACCCCCAGCUCAGAAGAAAUUAGCUAUGAGGUCACACCCAAAGCCACAGAUGCAAGCACACCCAAGCCAGCCGUAAUUCAUGAAUGUGCAGAGGAGGAUGACUUGGAAAAUGAGGACAAAAAGAGAUUCACACCUGAAGAGGAAAUGUUUAAAAUGGUAACCAAAAUCAAAACGUUUGACGAACUUGAACAAGAAGCAAAGCAGAAAAGGGACUACAAGAAAGAACCCAAGCAAGAAGAAUCUUCUUCAUCCUCUGACCCAGAUGCUGACUGUUUAGCAGAUGUGGAUGAACCAAAACAUACGGAGACUGUAGAGGAUGAAAGCAAUGUCCCUGUGGUAGUAACAUCAGAGAGCAGAAAGGCUUCUUCCUCCUCUGAGAGUGAACCUGAGUUGGCACAGCUGAAAAACGGUGGUGACACAGGCCUCUUACCAGAGCCAGUUAUUCGAGUACAACCUCCUUCUCCACUUCCAUCCAGUGUAGACUCCAAUUCCAGUCCUGAAGAAGUACAGUUUCAACCCAUUGUUUCUAAACAAUACACUUUCAAAAUGAAUGAGGAUACUCAGGAAGAGUGUGGUAAAUCAGAAGAAGAAAAAGACUAUGAAUCCCAUGUACCUGAAGAGAGUCAUAGUAUUUCUACUAAUGGCCCAGAUGGGUCUUAUGAUGAUCUGAACAGAGAUGCUGAUCAACCAGAAGUCUGUGAGGGCCAUGGGUGUGAGACCAGGAGUCCUAGCAGCUCAGUCAUUCCCGUAUCUUCAGGUCUCUAUAGCUCCCCUAGGGAGGAUAUCAAUGAGCAGCUAGCUAUCCAUGAGGAAUCAAUACCUCUGAAAGACAUUGAUGAAAAAGACACAGAAGGAGAAGAGCUUGAUGCUUCUCCAGUGGCAUCUCUACAAGUAGAUUGCCCCAGUGAAAGAUCUUCGUCUUUGUCCUCCUCCUUGCCUCACUGUCCAGCAUCUGAAGGACAAGAAUUAGAUGAAGACAUAUCUUUUCUAUCUCCUGCUACAAAAAUGGAGGACAUAAAAACUGACCAAGCUUUUGAGAGCUUACCGAAGGACUUUUCCAUGCAAGACUCAUCAAUUACUACUCAAACAGAUAUAUUGUCCAUGGAUGUCCCAGUGUCUGACCUUGCUGAGCCUGAUGAAAUCUACGAUCCUCAAAUAAUAAGCCCUUAUGAAAAUGUUCCUUCCCAAUCUUUUUUCUCCAGUGAAGAAAGCAAAAGUCAAACAGAUGCGGGACAUGCAAGUUUUAAGUCUUCGGAAGUGCAUUCUGUUACCAUGACAUCCUCUGUUGAAGACACGGUAGUAAUAAGCUCCUCCAGUACAACUGUUUCAAUCCAAGAAUCUAAUUUUGAGCACAAAAACAUGGAAGAAGAAUCCAAACAAGAAAGCACCUUGUGGGAACAGCGAUCAGAUCAAGCCCCUUCGUCUUUAGAGCCUUCUGUACCAAAUACUUCAGCAGUUGUUAGUGGCCAAAUCAGCAAAGUCAUCAUCACAAAAACAGACGUGGAUUCUGAUUCCUGGAGUGAAAUCCGUGAGGAUGAUGAAGCCUUUGAGGCUCGAGUAAAAGAGGAAGAACAAAAGAUAUUUGGUUUGAUGGUAGACAGACAAUCACAGGGUACCACCCCUGACACAACUCCUGCAAGGACCCCAACUGAAGAGGGGACUCCGACCAGUGAGCAAAACCCAUUUCUCUUUCAGGAAGGAAAAUUGUUUGAGAUGACCCGAAGUGGCGCCAUUGACAUGACCAAAAGGUCCUAUGCCGAUGAAAGUUUUCACUUUUUCCAAAUUGGGCAAGAAUCCAGGGAAGAGACUCUCUCUGAAGACAUGAAGGAAGGGAGUCCUGGGGCUGAGCUCCCACAACGGGAGACAUCAGCUGAGUCACUAGCUCUCUCAGAAUCAAAAGAAACAAUGAAUGAUGAAGCAGACUUACUUCCAGAUGACCUGAGUGAGGAAGUAGAGGAAAAGUCUGUUUCAGAUGCUCAACUCAACACCCACAUGGGGAAUUCAACCUCCACUGAAACAUCAACAGAAGAGGCUCCUUCUGAAGGCGCCGAGGACCUUCCCACCACACAAAUGGGUGACAUGCCUCCUAAGUCUAGUGUGAAAAAGCCAUCUUGCCCUGACUCCCCUGAACCAGUUGUACACGUUCAGUUAGAUUUUUCCACAGUUACCAGGUCCGUGCAUUCAGAUCGGAAUGAUGAUUCUCCUGAUUCUUCCCCAGAGGAACAGAAAUCGGUAAUUGAAAUCCCUACUGCACCCAUGGAGAAUGUGCCUUCUACUGAAAGCAAAUCCAAAAUUCCUGUAAGGACUACACCCACAUCAACCCCAGCGCCUCCAUCUGUGGAGAAUGAGAGUUCCCUUUCUGAAGAUUUUUUACCCAGCCUGGAUGAGGAAAGUAAAGAGGAUGAAACAAAACCAAAGUCUAAAAUCCCCGUGAAAGCACCUGUCCAAAGAGUAGAGCAGCAACUUUCGCAUCUAGAUUCCUCUCUCCAGAAAACAGUGGCUCCUCAGGGUCAGGACAUGACAAGCAGAACACCAGAUAGUAGAAGCAAAUCUGAAUCUGAUGCCAGUGCUUUGGACUCAGAGACCAAAUGUCUAGUAAAAACGACAAGUUACACUGAGACAGAAACAGAGAACAGAGAGAGGGCAGAGGAGCUGGAGUUAGAAUCAGAAGAGGGGGCCACCAGACCAAAGAUAUUUACAUCCCAAUUGCCAGUUAAGAGCAAAAGCAACACAUCUUCCUGCAAGGGGGCUGUGAGCCCUACGAAAGAAAGUAAGGAGCAUUUCUUUGACCUUUACAGGAACUCCAUAGAAUUCUUUGAGGAGAUUAGUGAUGAGGCUUCCAAGUUAGUGGAUAGACUUACACAGUCAGAAAGGGAGCAAGAAUUAGUUUCGGAUGAUGAAAGUAGUAGUGCCCUGGAAGUUUCAGUAAUUGAAAAUCUGCCACCUGUUGAGACCGAGCAUUCAAUUCCUGAGGACAUCUUUGACACAAGGCCUAUUUGGGAUGAGUCCAUUGAGACUCUGAUUGAACGCAUCCCUGAUGAAAAUGGCCAUGACCAUGCUGAAGAUCAACAGGAUGAGCAGGAACGGAUCGAGGAAAGACUGGCUUAUAUUGCUGAUCAUCUUGGCUUCAGCUGGACAGAAUUAGCAAGAGAACUGGAUUUCACUGAGGAGCAGAUUCAUCAAAUCCGAAUUGAGAACCCUAACUCCCUUCAAGACCAGAGCCAUGCACUAUUGAAGUACUGGCUGGAAAGGGAUGGGAGGCAGGCUACAGAUACCAGUCUCAUUGAAUGCCUCACUAAGAUCAACCGAAUGGAUAUCGUUCAUCUCAUGGAGGCCAGCACAGAGCCUCUCCAGGAGCGCAUCAGUCAUAGCUAUGCAGAAAUCGAACAGACAAUUGCACUGGAUCAUAGUGAAGGGUUCUCAGCCCUUCAGGAGGACCUAUGCACUGCACAGCACAAGCAGAAAGAAGAGCGAGCUGCUUCUAAAGAGAGCGAGUCCUGCGAGCACCCUCCCAUUGUCUCAGAGGAAGACAUUUCCGUCGGUUAUUCCACUUUUCAGGAUUGCAUCCCCAAAGUGGAGGGGGACAGCUCCGCAACAGAUCUCUUUCCCCAGACUCACAAGGAGCAAGCCCAACAGGAUUUCUCAGGGAAAAUGCAAGACCGGCCUGAAGAGUCCUCUCUCGAGGGUCAGCAGGAGUACUUUGUGACAACCCCAGGGACAGAAGCGUCAGAGACUCAAAAGGCCACGGCUGUAUCUGGCUCUCCCAGCAAGACCCCUGAGGAAAUUAGGACCCCUCCUGAGGAGCAGAGGCCAUACCUCCAGACUCCAAAAUCUAGUGAGCAGGGAGACUCUCCCAUCAUACAAGAACCUGAAGAAGCCCCAGAACAUGGGGAGGAGAGUUCUCAGAAAACCAGCCUGGUGAUUGUGGAGUCCGCUAAUGACCAGCCCCAGGAUCUUGAAAGGCUCGAUGAAGAUGAAGCUUUCCAUAAGGAGCUAACAGAGGAAUUAGGUGAGCUGGAGGCCAGCUCAGAUGAGGAGGCGAUGGUAACUACCAGGGUUGUCCGCCGACGAGUGAUUAUUCAGGGAGAUGAUAUGCCUGACAUACCCCCGGAAACAGUCACAGAAGAAGAAUACAUUGAUGAGCAUGGACAUACUGUGGUUAAGAAGGUCACUAGGAAAGUCAUUAGGCGGUAUGUGUCCUCUGAUGGCACAGAGAAAGAGGAGGUUACGAUGCAGGGAACGCACCAGGGACCCAUCAGCAUUGAGGAAGGAGAUAGCUAUUCCAAAGUCAUGAAACGCAUUGUAUUAAAGAGUGACACCGAACAGUCAGAGGUAACUUUGUCUGAGCCCAGCAUUUUGUCCAGUACCUCACAAUUUCAGGCUGAACCAGUGGAAGGCCGUAGAGUCAGCAAAGUUGUUAAAACAACUAUGGUACAUGGAGAGAGGAUGGAGAAACAUCUGGGUGAUUCUAGUUUAGCCACCGAUCUUCCUUCAGCCAAAGAUGACUUUGAAGAGGCUUUGACUUACACAGGUAGCCACAUGAAAGUGCACUUCCCCAGUUUAGUAGAGGAUGAAAUCCUGAAAGAGGAUGGAUCAGUCAUUAAAAGGACAACAAUGAGUAAAGCCAGUACACAGAAGAGGGCUGUGGUGAAGGACCAGCAUGGAAAACGAAUUUACUUGGAGCACCUGGAGGAUGUACCAGAAGCACUAGACCAAGAUGACCUCCAGCGCGACCUCCAGCAACUCCUUCGGUAUUUUUGCAAGGAGGACUCGAAGCAAGAGGCCAAAUGAGGGGCUGCCCAGUCCUCACACCAGAAACCACGCAUUCACUCAAUAUGCAACUUCCCGUUUCAUUAGCAGAGUGACCUCCCCAGCCUAAUGGGAUACCCUGACACUUUCACUUUUAGCAAAUACACACCGCAUUCUGUUUCAGUUUUUCCCCGUCCUCUUUAACUGUAAGCUGAUUUGUGACCAAAGAUAGCAUCCUUCAGUCUGGAUGCUGUAUCCACUACUUUGUUGUGUCUGUGCUAAACUGGGAACUGGCCACCUCCAUCGUUCUUUGCUCCUACACAAGCUCCACGAAAAUCCAUCGAUCAGAAGAACUUCACCUACAGACCUCUUCAAGUGAUGAUGUCCGGGAGUCCUUCCGAGGGAUAUCCUUGUACCAUGUAUAUAGCUCAAAUGCUCAGAUGAACAACAUAUUAAAAUUAAAACCACUGCCUAUCAUAACUACACUGGGCAUCAUGGAAUAAAAGGCCUCUAGAAAUUGCUGAACAAUGGUUAAUUACCAUAUUGCUAACACAAUCGAGUGAUAAUACAGUUUGACUGCAAAAGCAGCCCUUCAGACCUACCACGUCUUUAGAACUUCCAGAGUAGCCGUUGCUCCUAGUAAAAGAUGGUUAAUAACCUCAAGGACUAUCCUAACUAAGCACUUACUGCUGGUGCUGGCCAGCCUUGGUUUAUGAUUCCCCAACGGCCACAUGAGGGAGGGGAGAAGGGGAACAGAAGGCAAAAGGAAAGAAACAGUGAGGUAUUCAGCGGCUAGCCACCACAUCCUGUGGCGUUCUAGCAUCUUCAGGUCUUUUAGAUUUUGGACACAUUGGCAGGGUAUUUUAAAAGCUAUAACUACUGUAGUUUUCCAGUUUUCAUUGCUGCUUUAGCAAACCACGCUGUCUUAUUGGUGGUACUUUCUCCUGGCCACUGCACUGUAGAUAAUCCAUUGGAAACAAGAUUUACCCCCUACACAAAAGGUUAAACUUCACCGUGUUGGAGUGGUUUUCUUUCCCCCCUCCGGGUUUAUAUCUUCUCCAAUACCUGCAUGUAGCAUUUAAAAAUCGAAACCACAGUCAAAAGUCCUCUUCUAAUCACACUGAUGGUUUUCAUUCUUUUGACCCUGAGCAAGCACUUUUCACUCUUCUGCUGGGUCUGUUUUUUAGCUUGCAGACAAGGUUGAGAAAUCCUUACAAAUUUGGUUUUGGUUAAAAUUUUUGAUUUAUUUAUUUGAAAUCCAAACUCCCUUGGAAACUCUUAAGUGCAUUUGUGCACUUUUUUGUUUGUUUCAGAGAAGGAACUUUAAUCAUCUGAGUGAUUUCCAUGUCCUAUUCCUUAUUCCUCUAGUGGUUGAAGCUGUGUAGCAUUUUAACAUAUAUAUAUAUUCACAAAUAUAUUCAUAUAAACAGUAUACAUUUCGAAUCAGUUAUUUGUUAAAGAAAAGUAUAUUCAAUGAAGAUGAAAUUAAAAAAAAAAAAGAGUCUAUCCUCCAGGGAUUGAACAUUUUCCAAUUCUAUCUGGUCUUUUCCUGUUGUGCAAAAAUGACUCAUUGCUCCGAAAGUCAAAAACAAAUGUGACAAACAAUGGCACUUCAUCAUUUCAAGUAAUGUUGCCAAGGGAGAAAAUUUCCUGGGAGGGAGGUUUCCCACAAGCCAAAUCUCUUAAAGCCUCAAAUGCUAGCACUUUCUGGCAGUCGGAUAGGAAAUAAAGCUUUCUUUGGCAGCCAAAAUGAGAGAGGCUCAAUGGUGAAACUUUUUGAGACACACCAUGGCCCUCUUGUCAAAACCUUCACUGGAGAUCAAGAAAAGCAUUUCUGUUGUGUUCUUUGCAGUGCAGAUGACGUCUGUGUAACAACAUAAUGGUUAUUCACCUUUUUUUGAUUUUUGAUUUUUGCUGUGUAAUCAAAAAACUUGAAUACUGUGAGAAGAAGUGAAUUUUCAGUUGAUGAAUCAGCAUCUUGUUCCCAUGGUGAUAACACUAAUUGAAUAUAUCUAUGAGGGCAUGUAUUAGUUAAUGGAAAAAAAAAUACAACACUAACAAUACAUAGCUGCAAUGUGUACAAUGGCUGAUUUAAUUAAAUAAAAUGUACAAGUGUUACAUGUG